GAUCUUAGCAUUACAUUACAGCCAAAACCACCCUUUCUUCGUCUUCCCCUCUAUUUCCUCUGCAACAAGAGAGAGAAAGAAAAAGGAGAAAUUUUAGAGAGAGAAAAAAAAAUAUUCAACCCCCACUUCAAUUACUCUAAUGUUUUCUCAAUAACUACUUUCCCUAAUUAUAUUUUCAAUUAACAAACACCCAAAUCAAACCCCACCAUCCCACCCAAAAGAGAAAAAAAUCAAAUUUCAAAAUAAUCAAUUUUUUUUAUCAAAAAAGUUCACAUUGCUAACAACUUCAGCAAAUUACAUAAAAUUCAUAUUAUUUCCCUCUUUUUUCUCCCAAUUUCUCUUUCUGGGUAACCUAAAGUUUUGAUUUUUAGGGAUAAAUUUUGUUGGGUUUUUGUUGAAACGUUUCGAAAACGAGAAAAAAAAAAGGUAGGAGAGAGAAAGAUCGAUGGAACCUGCUGUAUUAGAUGAUAUAAUAAACAGGUUAUUGGAUUUUCGAAACGCUAGAGCUGGAGCUGCAAGACAGGUUCAACUUUCUGAGUCAGAGAUCCGCCAACUUUGCACAGCUGCGAAAGAAAUUUUCUUGCAACAACCUAAUCUUUUGGAGCUUGAAGCACCAAUUAAGAUCUGUGGUGAUAUCCAUGGGCAAUAUGGUGACCUCUUGAGACUUUUUGAAUAUGGCGGUUUUCCUCCUGAAGCUAAUUACCUGUUUCUAGGGGAUUAUGUAGACCGGGGCAAGCAGAGUUUAGAAACAAUUUGUCUUUUGCUUUCCUACAAAAUUAAAUAUCCGGAGAAUUUCUUCCUUUUACGAGGGAACCAUGAAUGCGCCUCCAUUAACAGGAUUUACGGAUUUUAUGAUGAAUGCAAACGCCGUUUUAAUGUGAGGCUUUGGAAGACAUUUACUGAUUGUUUUAAUUGUCUUCCUGUGGCUGCUGUUAUAGAUGACAAAAUAUUGUGCAUGCAUGGUGGUCUCUCUCCUGAUUUGACCAACGUGGAUCAAAUAAAGAGUAUAACCCGGCCAACUGAUGUUCCAGAAUCUGGUUUACUAUGUGAUUUAUUGUGGUCAGACCCUUCUAGAGAGGUUAAAGGUUGGGGAAUGAAUGAUCGGGGAGUCUCUUACACCUUUGGUGCUGAUAAAGUUGCCGAAUUUUUAAUGAAGAAUGACAUGGAUCUCAUUUGUCGUGCGCAUCAGGUUGUGGAGGAUGGAUAUGAAUUUUUUGCUGAUAGACAGCUCGUUACAAUUUUCUCUGCUCCCAAUUAUUGUGGGGAAUUCGAUAAUGCUGGUGCAAUGAUGAGUGUUGAUGAGAGCUUGAUGUGUUCGUUUCAAAUCUUGAAGCCUUCAGACAGAAGAAGAUUUAUUUGAUCAAAGUUUCGAUGAAGUCAUCAUUCUUUGCUCAGAUACCUCCUCUUCUUGCAGUUUUUGUUUGGAAAGACUAAUUGAGUUUAGGCCACACAGCCGCUUUCUUAAAGGGUGAGAGAGCUGGUGUCAUCCUGCUAAAAUCUUUGAAGACAAGAAUGUUUACAGUACUUCGAAAGUAAUGUUGAUUGAACAUGAACAUGGAGUUUCCAGGCAAUGGACAGAUUAGUGGGCAAUCAUAGUAGUCCAUAUAUCUAUUUUCUUCUCUUUUUUCCUUAAAUUUUUGUAUUUUACUCCUAUUUUUUGGGGAAAAGAAAUUCUCAUUAGAAAGCAUGGUGCUUUUGGUGUAUAUACACUUUGGUCUUGUAAAUGGCCAUUCACUCUGUACAUUGUUGACACCAAUCUAUGUUUGUACCACUGCACCGAUCCUGCUCUCUGCUGGCUGUGUUCUGUGCUCGUGUUGCCUGGUCUUUAUUUGGAGGUUUCAGUUUGCA